CCCGUCCCGUGCGGGGGAGCGGCUCCUCGCAGCCUCGCUGCCCCGUCCCCACCGCUCCUGUCGCCGCGGCUCAUGAGGUGAAGAUGGUGAUCCGCGUCUUCGUCGCCUCCUCCUCGGGCUCGGUGGCGAUAAAGAAGAGGCAACAGGAUGUGGUGCGGUUUCUAGAAGCCAAUCGCAUUGAGUUCGAAGAAGUGGAUAUCACCAUGUCAGAGGAGAAGAGACAAUGGAUGUAUAAAAAUAUUCCUGAGGAUAGGCAGCCUGCACAAGGCAAUCCACUGCCACCACAGAUAUUCAGUGAUGAUCGGUACUGUGGGGAUUAUGAUGGCUUUUUCGAAUCAAAGGAGAGCAACACUGUAUUUUCCUUUCUUGGACUGAAACCUACUUUGGCAUCAAAGGAGUCAGAACCGUAGAAAGCUCGUGUGAAGUAUCAACAACCACAUUCCUGAAUGAGUGACUUUAUUCUUCAGCACAUAACAGCUUCCCCACUGGAUCACUGUGAUAGAGCAAACAUGCCAUUAGUAGUAGUCUGCUUGCCAUGAGAUGGUGCUCUCUGAUAAUGUGGAGCUAAUAACACACAUAUGAAAUAGGAUUAGGGCUGGGCUACUCAUCUUCCAUUGUAAAAAUGCUCACUGUUGAUGUUUCACUUUUGUCUUUGGAUUUUGCAAGUGGCCCUGAUAUUCUAGCAGGCAUGUAUGUUUGAGAAUAAGGAUUGGAAGUGUAGGGCUUGUCAUAUUCCUUACCUUUUUUAAUUCUUCCCACUACUGUAGUUCAAAUUAGCUCAUGAUGAUAGUUGAAGUGCUGGUGGUUAUUAGGAUGCUUGUGCUGGCUAUGAUCCAGAAGGUAAAAAGCAUCAAUCUUGAGAUCUCAGUCUAAGCCAAUAACUGCCAUAUUUUUGCUCUACAUUUAUUUAUUGUGAUGUUUAUUCUAGAUCAUUGUUGUUUUAAGAGACAUGGGCUGCUAAUCUUGUUAAUGAAGACUCAAUUUGUCUAAUGAUGCACAUUGCAACUGACUGUUUAAAACAAAUUGCUACCACGAAGGAGGUGCCAAAGUGAAAUAUUUUGACGUGUUUCCAAAUGCAGGUGAAAUGUUCAGUAAAGCACUUGGUGGCAAUACUGGGGAAUUCAGAAGAGCUAAAGGGAGUCUCAUAGCUAAUGAUAAUAUGAAGUUAUGUCUUAACUGAGAAAGUCUUAACACCCAAGGUUGGAGCUCUAUAGUUGGACUGUCUUAAAAUGAAAUUUUGCCAAAACUUCAGUUUACCUUCAGUAACACACAGCUCCACCACAAAUCACAUGAGGGUCAGGGGGAUACUUUGAGAGCAAGGUUUCAGUCCCAUGGUUAACACUCCACCAUGGUCCAAGAUCAUGCUUAACUUGCCUAGCUGCUGUCCUGGUUAUAUCCCCAGAUGUGGUCAUGUGGAGGUGCCUCAAAGGCAGUGAGAAAGCUGUGUGUGUGCUUUGCCAAAUGAGGCCAGUGAGGUUGUUCAGCUGAGGAACAGGAGCCAAGUAAAGGAAGUGGAGAUUAUUCCAGUGGGACUGCAUUGAUGCACAUAGUAGAACUUAGGCCCAUGACUUGCCAGUGACCAUUACAAAAUGCAUUCUAGACAGAAGUAAAAUUGCAUCACACAUUUUGAAUCAAAUCCAGAUACAUAAAUAACAGCUAUGCUGUAAUGUAGCUUUUACUCAAGUGAUUUCAUACUGGCAAGGUAGUGCCAUCAGAGUGGACAUCCUUAUGUAUUUGGGCAAAUGAAAGGCAGCCACUGUGUAGAAAAGCUGCUUUGCAAUUACUCAGACUGUGUGGUUUGAAGGAAGCCAGACUUGUAAAAAGUGUCAGAAAGCAAUACUAUCACAACAAAACCCCACUGUGAAGCAGAUCACAUACUCUGUUAACAUCACUAAUCAUAGCAUACCAGACAUGUCAGCUGGAAGGGACAACUGAAGGUUUUCUGGUCUGGCACUGUCAAAAUCAGGCUGAAGAGCCACACUAGCUUGGAUCAGAUAUGGGUUUGUCUAGCAGAGCAUUAAGAAUAUCCAGAGCUGAAGAUCUCAUAACUCUCUAAGUAACCAGUGACAUUGCUGCAGUGCUUUCCUAGUGAAAACUUUGAAAUCUCUUCAAGUCCAGCUUUGGCUUCUAGGCUUUAAUUUGAGGCUGCUGCCUUUGCAAUGUUUUUUUUUGGCCGUCACAAGAAGAGAUUGGCACCAUUCCUUUCUAAAUGGCCCUCAAAAUAGUUGUAGGCUAACAUUGGGUCACCUCUUAGCCUUCUUCUUACCAGACUGAACAAACCUGGCUGCUCAGCUGAGCUAAAGAUCUAGAUGGAACAAGAGCACACACAGAUUUGAAGUCUGUGGUUGUAUUCACUGGUCAAAAUCUUUUCCAGAGCACCUUCUUUAGAGGAAUCUUGAAUGGGCAUUGAUGUAUGUACAUGCAUUUUUAAGAAUUAUGUUGUCUCUGUCAAGGUACUGUGACAUUCUUGUAACCAAUCCCAUAUUUUCAUGAGACUUGAACCUCGCUAUAGGAAGGGAAUAUGACAUGAGGUGGAGCUGUACAUUGUUAACUUCACCACAUUCAAUAUAACUAUUCCUAAAAAGAAGUUAAAUAUUUAACUUUGUAAAUGAAUAGAUAUAUGAAUUUAUGUAAUUUUGCAGUUGAUUACAGAGAAGCCAUCCUGGAUUUAUCAUGUACUUGAUAUGUUGUAAACUUUGAGAACUGCCUGAAGUCCCAGGUUUGAUAAAUUUACCUAAGUGUGUAACCAUAGACACAUGAGUAAUCCUGGGUGUGAAACCCCAGGCUUACUGAUGUGAAAGGAAAAAACACUCUGAUUUCUCCAGGGGUGAAAUUAAUUUCACAAAGCUCCUUUUGAACUUUGAUAAUUGUAGAAUAGAAGGCUCUCGUUUAGUGGAGAGUUAGUCUUGUUUCAGCUGUUAAGUAAACCUGGCUUAUUUCAGAGCAUGUGUGUGGGCAUAGUCAGUUGUAUGGAGGACAACACUAGCUCCAAAGAUAUCCUGCUUGCUUGCAUGGAUUGGCAGUGUAAGUCCCUUAGAAUGUGUGCUUUUGAAUUAUAAGUAGCUAGUUUAAAAAAAAAAAAAAAA